AUGGACCUAAAUCAUAGCGAGAGCCCAGGAGCUUCUUUUUCUUCAGCGGCAGAUAGUCCCUCCAUCCCGCUUUAUUCAGGACCUAACACCUCUCCGACUUCCUGGAGCAUCAUAUUGAUGGUUUUUAUUGGUAUUGGUGUAUUUGUAUUCUUGCCUUAUUUAUUAAUCUACACAGUUGUUCAGAUUUUCAAACAUACUCCAAGAAAAGCAUUUCCUUCAGAACAUACAUACAUUACAAAUACCGAAGCCGGUUCGGUAUCUGAUCCCUUGCCACUUCAUCAAACUUGGGAGUACCUGACUGAAACUGAGGUUAAGGCCAAUUUCAAAUCUGGAAAUAAAAGCAGCUCCAUUCUCUCAUCGUUAUUGGAAAAAUCAAGGUCCAAGUCUAUAGCCUUGGAAAAUGACAUAAUUGAAUUGUCUCUGAUUGUUCCCUGUUACAAUGAAACAGAAAGACUUCAUUUACUACUAGAAGAUGCUAUUCCCGUUCUCAACCUCCUUUACCCAACUACUACAGAUAAUCAAAAUAAUACCCAAACAACUACCAAAAGCACUACUCCAAAGUGGGAACUCCUACUUGUUGAUGAUGGAUCGUCCGAUGGAACAGCAGAAUAUGCUGUCAAGUGGGCAGCAGAACAACACACUUCUGGGAAGUUAUACCUUCCUCCUGGAACUCUGCGAGUUGUCAAGCUUGAAAAGAAUCGUGGUAAAGGUGGCGCAGUUGCCCAUGGUAUGAUGCAUUUCCGGGGAAAGUAUGCUAUUUUUGCUGAUGCUGAUGGGGCUUCUAAAUCCGACGACAUUCGAAGACUUCUCACUAGCAUCAGCAAGAAAGUACUAAAUAACACAAAUGCCUCGGAUUUGUUAUCUACAGAAAAUACAGCAUGGCAGUACCCUGUUGUCGCUAUAGGUUCUCGUGCACAUAUGGUUAAGACUGAUGCCGUAGUGAAUCGUUCGUUUAUUCGUAACUUCUUGAUGUACGGUCUACAUGCCUUGGUCUUUAUUUUUGGAAUUCGGACAAUUGGCGACACACAAUGCGGAUUCAAGAUGUUUACUAGAUCGGCAGCACUAUCUAUUUUUCCUUAUAUGCAUACCGAAGGUUGGAUAUUUGAUGUGGAGAUUCUCAUCAUUGCCAUGCGUAAUCUGAUACCAGUGCUUGAGGUGCCUAUUUCCUGGCACGAGGUUGCUGGCUCCAAAGUUGAGUUGGCAAGAGAUUCAAUUAAAAUGGCAAUUGAUUUAGUUGUCAUGCGUCUGGCUUUUAUUCUUGGAGUGUAUUCUGAUGGAUCGGCUUCAUCUUCAUCUUACAGCAAGAGUAAAAAGACAUUAAAAAGGGAUUAG